AUGCAAAGCCUGUGGAGUGUCGACCAGGCAUGGAACCAAUCAGAAAUAAGAGGAAAACUGAAAUCUGCUACAAAUCACCAGCUACAUGUUUCAUAUGGAGAAUGGUUCACGUUUGCCUUUGAGAACCAAUUUUAUGGCAUUGCUAGAAAGGAGACGCAAGAGUCGUCACUGCCUGCUUUGGUGGUGAUGGCUGAAAUGUUGACAGGGUUCAAGACGUUGAUCAAGGGUUACAGUUGAUUGAUUUCAAGAGCAUGAGUGAGUUUUCUUUUGCUUCAAAUAUGGAGAUUACCAAUGUAAUGGAAUAUGAAGCACUUGCAAAGCAGAAGUUACCCAAGAUGAUCUGUGAUUAUUAUGCAUCGGGUGCAGAAGCUCAAUGGAAUCUUAUGGAAAAUCGAAAUGCUUUUUCAAAAAUAUUACUGUAGAUCAAGCGUCUGAAGAUAUGCAGACCCAAAAUCAGCAUCUGUUACUUUUCCAACAUUUAUAUAUAUGUAUGUGCAUUUCAUUAGGAAAAAGCAUCAAGGGUGGUUCAGAACAUGAACUCGAGUUCCCUUUUUUUUUUUGGAAAGAACUAUGCUGCAAUUACAGUUAUUGAAAUUUUUUUUUUAACUAUAUUUCCUCAAUUGUAAAAAAAGGAAAAGUACAAUCUUUUCUAUAAAACCAAAAAAAAAGUCUAU